AUGGACUCUACUCCAAGUGCAAGUGCAAGUGGUAAUGCUAUUGCUAGUGCACCAAGUGACCCCAAUCAACUUGAAGUAAGAGGUGAACACCAGGAAGAAGUAACAGAUAGUGCUGCAGCGGCUGAUAGUGCAAAUUCAGUCGUAGAAAAGAAAAGGAAGAAAACAUCAGCUGUUUGGAAUGAUUUUCAUGAAGUUAAACUCCCUAAUGGACAACAAAAAGCAGUUUGCAACUAUUGCAAAGCUAAAUUUGCUACGGGUGGGUUUGGAGCUAGCACUAGCCAUUUGAGGAGGCAUUCAGAAAGUUGCUUAAGAAGGAAAACAGACCAAUCACGACUAAAGCAAUCAACCAUAGAGUUUCAGCCUACAAGUUCUACCUUGAACCCUUUCCUUGCAUCAGGAGUUUGGAUGUGGGCUUUUAAGUUUGCAAAUGCUGAUUUUGAGAAAGUUUCACGUCAAACAAUAAAAAAUGAUUGCAUGACAUUGUAUCAGGCAGAAAAGAAAUGUCUCAAGGCUGAAUUAAUGAAUGUGAAUAGGAUUAGUAUAACCACUGAUAUGUGGAAAUCUAAUCACCAAGUAGCUGAAUAUAUGGUCAUUACUGGCCAUUUUAUUGAUUCAGAAUGGGAAUUACAAAAAAAAGUGUUGAGUUUUGUCAAAGUGCCACCUCCAAGACGUGGGGUUGAUGUUGCGGAUGCAAUAUUUAAAUGUUUGCAAUCAUGGGGGAUUGAAAAUAAGGUAUUUUCUGUGUCUGUUGAUAAUGCUGCAUAUAAUGAUGUUUGCGUAAGAAAUAUUAAGAGCACAUUGUCAAGAAGCAGUAAUUUAGUCCUUAAUGGAAACAUAUUUCAUGUACGAUGUUGCGCACAUAUUCUGAAUUUAUUAGUGCAACAUGGCCUUAGUCAUAUCAAAGGUAUAAUUGAGAAUGUUCGUGAAAGUGUUAAAUAUGUCAAUCAAUCUGAUUCGAGGUUGAAGACUUUCUGUGAUAUUGUUAAGCAGAUGGGGGUAAAAGAAAGAAAGUUAGUUAUUGAUUGUCCCACUAGAUGGAACUCAACAUUUGAAAUGCUUUCUACUGCUUUGAUAUUCAAAGAUGUAUUUCCGGAAUACAAGGAAAGGGAACCAUAUUAUAAUUACUUGCCAUCUGCAGAGGAAUGGAGCAAGGUGGAUAAGGUUUGUAAUCUUUUGGAAGUUUUUAGUCAUGUUACUAAUGUCAUAUCAGGUAGUGACUAUCCCACAGCCAAUUUAUAUCUCCCUGAAGUUUAUCGGGUUAAAGAAGUAAUUGAUGUUGCAAUUGAAGAUAAUGACGAUUUUAUGAGAGAAAUGGCAAGGCCAAUGAAAGUAAAAUUUGACAAGUAUUGGGGGGAAUGCAAUUUGCUGAUGGCCAUUGCUAGUGUUCUAGACCCAAGGUGUAAAUUGCAUGUGGUAAAUAUUUGCUUCCCAAUUAUAUACAAAUCAGAAGUUGAGGCAAUGGAAAAUGUUGAAAAAGUGAAGGCAGCUUUAGAAGAUUUGUACAAUGAGUAUUGUGCUAUAAGUUUGCAAGAGUCAGUCCCAAAUAGUGAGCUACAAACUAGUGUGAACCAAUCAUCUCUCUCUUCCACUCUCCCACCUCGAGCUCCUAUAUCAGGAUUUUCUAAAAUCAUGAGCAUUGUGCGCGAAAAGGAAAUUGUUGCCCCAGUAAAAUCAGAGUUAAAAAGUUAUCUUGAAGAAGGGGUUUACAUAUGUGAUGAAAAAUUUCAGAUUUCCUUUAAUGCCUUGGAAUGGUGGAAGACAAACAGCUUGAAAUAUAGAAUUUUAUCAAAGAUGGCAAGAGAUAUACUAGCUGUUCCAAUUUCUACUGUAGCAUCUGAGUCCACAUUUAGUGCUGGUGGAAGAGUAAUUGAUGCUUAUCGUGCUAGUUUAAACGAAGAGACUGUUCGAAAAGAUAGUGGGAAUAAUCAAGCUGAUUACUUUUUAUGGGAAGAUGAUGUUAAGAAGGCUCACUAG